AUAGAAACCCUUUCUUUCUCUAUUUUCCUGUCACCCAAACAUGCUUCCAUCUUCAAUACUCUUUUAACAUUAAACCCUAACCUUAACCUCCAUCACCAAUCAUGGAUGCUCGCCGAGCUCCACGCGCCGUCACUGACCCUAAGGUCCGCAAAGUCGGGUUCUUCGCCUCACCCGACCGUUCUAAAUCGGGUCCACCCGACCCGAUAUCCUUCGACUCUCCCUCGCCGUUGGUCAUGAUCCCGCCACCGCGUCACUUAUCGGAAAAUCUCCACCUCGUUGCUCGCCACGCCGUGGCUUCCCCUUCCGGCGAGGAAUCCGUCGCCACCUCCGGGAAUUAUAACUGCUCGUCGGAGUUCUUCGCUGCUCCGAUGUCACCGUCGCCGUCUUCCUACUCGAGCAGGUUCGUCGUCGGUGACGGAGAUUUCUCCGUCGACGGAGCUGCUGCGUCGCCCGGUCGCGGUGGCGGAGGAGGAAAGGUGGCAUCCUCGUUUCCUCGCGGCGGAUUUGACUUGACGGCGGUGAAGGCGAGUAGUGUUCCGGCGAGUGAAUUGACCACGGUUUCGGUGGUGAAUGCUUCUCUUGCGAUUCACGAAAGAGAGAAAGCAGACAGAGGAGGAGGAUCAGCAGUGGAAGUGAAACACCAUACUACAAACUCAAAACAAAUGAAAGAGAAGACCUCAAAAGCUGAAAGACGUGCUCUUCAAGAAGCUCAACGAGCUGCAAAGGCUGCUGUAAAAGCUGAAGGAGAUAAGGCAUCUGGAACUGUAACUUCAGUGACUGCAAAACCAGCUAAAGCUGCAAAGCCCCCUCAAAAAGUUGAUAAUGCUUCAGUUUCAGCCUCUGAGAAGAAGGGAGGUGAUCGUCCUUCAGAAAAGGAUAGAAAGAAAGAUGUUCCUCAACCACGGAUGCAAUAUGAUGACAAGAGCAGAGUGGAGAAAGCUAAGCGGCGUGCUGUUGUAAAACAAACUGAAGCUAGGAACAGAGUUGAACUGUUCAGACAUUUGCCACAGUAUGAACAUGGAAGUCAGCUUCCAGAUCUCGAGGCAAAGUUUUUCCAGCUUGAUCCUUUGCAUCCUGCAGUUUAUAAGGUAGGUUUGCAGUAUCUGUCUGGAGAUAUAUGUGGUGGCAAUGCUCGUUGUAUCGCCAUGCUUCAAGCAUUUCAAGAGGCCAUCAAAGACUACAUAGUUCCUCCUGAGAAGACUCUUGUGAGAGACUUAACAGCAAAAAUAAGUAGCUAUGUUUCAUUCCUUAUUGAGUGCCGACCUCUUUCUAUCAGCAUGGGAAAUGCAAUUAGAUUUCUUAAAAGUCGAAUUGCCAAGCUACCUCUGAUGCUGUCUGAGUCAGAAUCAAGAACUUCUCUUCAGUCAGAUAUUGAGCGUUUUAUAAAUGAGAAGAUUAUACUUGCCAACAAGGUCAUAGUCAAGAACGCUGUCACAAAAAUAAGAGAUGGUGAUGUUCUUCUUACUUAUGGGUCAUCAUCGGCAGUUGAAAUGAUACUGUUACAUGCACAUGAGUUAGGGAAACAGUUUCGAGUUGUAGUAGUAGACUCUCGACCAAAGCUUAGAGGGAAGCUUAUGCUUCGUAGGCUGGUGGAGAAAGGUCUUAGCUGUACGUACACUCAUAUAAAUGCUGUUUCCUACAUAAUGCCUGAAGUUACUCGAGUUUUUCUGGGUGCUUCAUCAGUGUUGUCUAAUGGAACAGUUUAUUCAGGAGUUGGGACUGCAUGUGUUGCAAUGGUUGCUCAUGCGUUCUGUGUCCCUGUUUUAGUAUGUUGUGAGGCUUAUAAAUUUCAUGAAAGGGUACAACUUGAUUCAAUAUGCUCAAAUGAACUUGGUGAUCCUGAUGUCAUUUCAAAGGUUCCGGGCAGAGAGGAUGUCAGCCACUUGGAUACUUGGGCCAAUACUGAAAAUCUGCAACUUCUAAAUCUGAUCUAUGAUGCAACACCUUCAGAUUAUGUUUCAAUCAUAGUCACAGAUUAUGGCAUGGUCCCCCCCACAAGUGUUCCUGUAAUUGUAAGGGAAUAUAGGAGAGAACAGGUGUGGAUAUAAAAGAUGCAAAUGUGGAUCAUCUCAAUUUUGUGUGCAUGCAAAUUCUCUAUUUAGCGACCCGGUGAAAAUAAAACUUUUGUAGAUUGUUGCGAUGCUUCUUUCUGUAUUAUUUUCUCAUCUUGGAAUAGUGUAAUGGGUCUCUUCGUUCUUCUGAAAUUUUGGAUGUUUGUAUGUAUUCACCUGUCGCAGGGAAGAGUGCGAAUUGUCGCCUCUCCAGACAGAUUUUGGCCAUGCAUUCUCAUUUGUAACAUAUGUUUUUUCUUCCAGUGGUCUUCAA